AGGCCCUUCGCCCGCCUCCCUCGGCCUCCGCCAUGGCUAGUAGCAGUGGCGCAGGGUCGGCGGCAGCGGCAGCGAAUCUGAAUGCGGUGAGGGAGACCAUGGACAUCCUACUUGAGAUUUCAAGAAUUUUGAAUACUGGAUUAGAUAUGGAAACUCUGUCUAUAUGUGUGCGGCUUUGUGAACAAGGAAUUAACCCAGAAGCUUUAUCAUCAGUUAUUAAGGAACUUCGCAAGGCCACAGAAGCCUUAAAGGCUGCUGAAAAUAUGACAAGCUGACUUUCUGAAGAAAUCCUGAUGGGCUCUGUCAAGCUGUGUAAGAAGACUGAAGAUUGCGUUGUAGUCAAGAACACACAAUGAAAUCACUGCAUGUAGCAAUGUGGAAACAUUGUCUUUUUUAAAAGAAUUAUAAACCAUAGCUUUAUAAAUCAGUGGAAAGUGGCUUACAGAGAAAACUAUCAGUUGUGUUUACAUCACAUCUUUUUUUUUUUUUUUUUUCUUUAACUGCUCUAAUGCUUUGGCAUUGUUGUGUUCAUAUUUAUGUAUUCCUAAUUUAUAGCUCUGAUAGCUUUAAUUUUCUAAGCAGUCUGUCCAUCAGAUGUGCACAUCUGCUGUGCCUGGGUGAACUAUAGUGGAACCCCUCAGCAGUAAUGUUGUAGUUAAGACUUGUUGACAUUUCCAUUAUAAACUUAAAUUUUGAAUUGUUUAUGCAAAAUAACUGUGGAUUUAUGUUGUAUUAGGCUGAAAGUUGACAGAAUUUCCGCUACCAUGUGUGGAUUUUUGAUUUAGAUUCAUUAUGCAUAUCAGAAUCUUGUUUUUUUAUAAGAACAUGGAAAACGUGUUGUUAAUCUGCUCUUUAACAAAAAAUAUUUCUUUUCUAAACAUAAAGUUUGAGUGGCAGUUAAUAGUGUGACCCAGAUCAUAUUAAUAUUGAUUGAAAAGUAAAACUUUCAGAAAACUUAGAUUUUAAAGGUAAUGACAGUGCUUAGCUUAGUAUUAUUUGUCAUUUGAUUCAUUUAAAUUUAGGGAAGAUAUUUAAUUUAGAAUGUUUUUCUAAGUUUUUAAUUCAUAAUGAAACAAUUCCAACA